UCGUUCUCGUCUGGUGGAAUUUAGAGCGCUCUCUCUAACUUCUAAAACCUCAUCCCUGCCUUUUGCCCUUUGAGGGCUUUGCUCUUCUGCGCCGCAACCCCACCAAACACUAACCUGAACCUGCGCCGAACCUAAGCUUCUUCUUCUUCUUCUUAUUCUUCAAGCUUUGCUAUCUCUAUUCUCUCAACCAGCCUACCCCCAUUCUUUGUCCACUAACGCGCUCACUAAAGUAAUAUAUAUUUAAUGGCAAUUCUACCUGCGGGAAGUACGGUGGUUGCUCAAUGGGCAAUUUGUCCUCAGCCUACGAUCAAGUUCCGUGCCACUAAUAAGUUGAUGACCUCCCCAUGCUGUGUUGCAAGCAGAAUAAAUUAUUUGGGGGCACCAAGUUCAAGCUUAUUUUCUGGGGAAUCCCUUCGUGCUCUGUCAUCAGUAGGAUCAUCUCAAACUUCACAUUACCGUAGAGGAGCAAGGUUCAUGGUUAGAGCAGAUAGUGAUUAUUAUUCUGUCCUUGGCGUGUCAAAAAAUGCCAGUAAAGCUGAAAUUAAAAGUGCUUAUCGGAAGCUUGCGAGGAAUUAUCAUCCAGAUGUAAACAAAGAGCCAGAUGCAGAAACAAAGUUCAAAGAAAUUAGCAAUGCAUAUGAGGUCCUCUCUGAUGAUGAAAAACGAUCCAUAUACGACAGAUAUGGAGAAGCUGGACUAAAAGGUGCUGGUGUAGGCAUGGGGGAUUUCAGCAAUCCUUUUGAUCUGUUUGAAUCACUUUUUGAGGGCAUGGGUGGUAUGGGUGGGAUGGGUGGGAUGGGUGGUAUGGGUGGAAGAGGAUCUCGGACUAGAGCAGUUGAUGGCCAGGAUGAAUAUUACAAUCUAGUUUUAAACUUCAAAGAAGCAGUUUUUGGGGUUGAAAAAGAGAUCGAAAUAAGUCGUCUAGAGAGCUGUGGAACAUGCAAUGGUUCGGGUGCCAAACCAGGGACCAAACCAUCCAGAUGUAGUACCUGUGGUGGGCAAGGUCAGGUUAUCUCAUCAGCAAGGACCCCAUUAGGUGUCUUCCAGCAGGUUACAACAUGCUCUUCAUGUGCUGGGACUGGGGAAACGUCCACUCCAUGUAAUACAUGUUCCGGUGAUGGUCGGGUGAGGAGGACAAAGCGAAUAAGUCUGAAAGUUCCUGCCGGUGUGGACUCUGGUAGCCGUUUAAGAGUCCGAAAUGAAGGUAAUGCUGGGAGACGAGGUGGGUCUCCUGGUGAUCUCUUUGUCAUUAUUGAAGUUAUCCCGGACCCUAUUCUUAAACGUGAUGACACCAACAUCUUGUAUACCUGCAAAGUGUCUUAUAUUGAUGCGAUUUUGGGGACUACAAUUAAGGUUCCAACAGUGGAUGGAAUGGUUGAUUUGAAGAUCCCAGCUGGUACUCAGCCAAACACAACCCUUGUGAUGGCAAAGAAAGGUGUUCCUCUUCUGAAUAAAAAUAAUAUAAGGGGCGAUCAGCUGGUCCGCGUGCAGGUUGAGAUCCCAAAACGAUUAAGCAGUGAUGAAAGGAAGCUAAUUGAAGAACUUGCAGACCUAAGCAAGGGCAAGGCUGCAAGCCGGAGAUAGGUGUUGGUUUUGUCAUCUAUAGAUCCAAUCUUUUCUCUUCUUCCUUUACCGGCGUCUUUUUUGGUGACAUCCAUGCACAUUGAAGAACAAUGAUAGUUUGGCAACAGAUGAACUAUUAGUGGGGGAAGCAAAUGUUUAUAGUCGUAGGUAAAAAUUAUCAUGUGAUAAUUGUCACCUUGAAUGAAAGCACUAGAAGGGAAUGCAGAAGGUGAAAAAAUUAAGUGUCCUCCAAAUAUACUGUAUUAAAACUUAAAAGUACAUCAUUAAUUAUUCUUUUGGGGUUGAACUAAAUUUAUACCAUGUAUUUUGCUCUCAUAAAAAAUUUUGACAAUUUUGUGUUGUACCAGAAAUUCAUCUUAGAGCUUAUCCAAUUUUUGCAGUUGUUCAUUUAA